UGCAAGUGGCUGGCCGGCCGUUUCCUUCGGGCUCCUGAUUUUCACUUCGAAAUCAAGGUAUUUCGCAUUCGGCUUUUCUAAAUUUUAGCAGGGGUUAAUUUCUAACGUGUAGGGACUUCAUUCGGCACAAAACUAGGCGGGGAGGGGCUUUAAUUUUGUUUUUACGAGCGUUUUCUUGUUCGGCCGGCCGCCGGGCCCAAUAUGGCUAGGGCUCAUACCCCUUGAGCCCCGGCCAUGCCCCACACGCGCAAGAGCAAACCCGCGUCGCCGUCCCGCUCGCCCCCGCGGCCCCCGGCCGCCGAGGGCUCGCCACCCUCGCGGGAUUCCGAGUUUUCCGCGGACGGCGACGCGCUUGUUGCGCGUUUCAGUGCUCUCGUAGACCAGCUCGCUGUCACCGAGGAGGAGAGCCGGCCCCCGGCCGCCGAGGGCGAGGAGGACGAUGCCCAGUCCUCCGCUUCGGGGGUCACGGCCGUGGCCGCGGCGCGACCGGCGGACCCUGCGAGCGGUGCCGCGAGGCGGUGCCAGGACGUCUACGACGAAGUGCUCGCCUUCUGCUCGGCACCUGGAAACAAGGUGUCCGUUGACGCUCGCCUCUUUGUCCUGCGCAAGCUCUCAAGUCGAAGACAUGGACGGCUUGCUUGGGAAAUGCCUCUUCGUGGUGAUUGCUGUCACACUUGCUGCACUGAUAAUGGUUCCAAACGAGGCUGAGGCAAUUCCAACCUUCGUCAUGGACGCUAUCGCAAAGGGCAUUGGACGAAAUGAAGACAAUGUCGAGUAGCGCAGCAUCAGUCUUUGCGAUAAAAUGGGGCCGAUCUUCGUUCUAUUGACGACGCCUGCUUCGUAACUGAAUAAAAUGAAUGAGGCAAAGACUGACCUGGAAGGAAUGAACGGAUCCACAUCAUUGAAGACAACUUUUGUCUUUUGUGCCGUAUGCCAAUUUUUGUUAAAUUUCCGUUCGUGCAAUCGCUCUCAAGCGCUGCUAUGCAUACAUUUCUUAUUCUGUGCUUUCGUCGCAUUUCAAAUGAGACUUUCUUUAUUAAAAUAUUUCAUGUUCUGGUUUUAA